AUGCCUCGAAAUUCUAAACACCACCGGGCUCUAGGGCUUGUGACUGUGCUACCACUUUUGUUCCAAGCGGUCUUAGGUCAUGGCUCACUUCAUGAACACCUCGCCUCAGUCCCGCUUACCCUGAGAUCCGUCUCCCUUGACGUGGCAUGCCCGUUGCCCGUGGACGACAAUGCGGUGCAGAGCUCGCCGUGGACACACCCACCACAAUGCGAGCACACAACUGACGGCACUGCAAAGUACUGCGCUUACACCAACUCUCACCACGGCCCCCGCGGAUGGAGCAUCAUCACCACCCCGGAAACCGCGGCAAAUAGCGCCUCGUUUCUGACCCAGCAGCUGAAUACAACGAGCUCGCGUGAUGCGCCGUAUAAGAUGGUCGACAUUCCCGGCAAGGGCAAGGGUCUCGUUGCUACCAGACCGAUCAAACGGCAUGAGGAAAUCCUCCUCGAACACGCGAGCAUGUUGGUCGACCUCGCGUUCACGGUAAAAGUCAAGGCCACACUGGGCUACCGGCUCUUGCACGCGGCCGUCGACCGGUUGUCAGACCCGGACAGUGUUCGGGAACUCGGCCAGACCAACGGGCUUGCGAAGGACAAGGUGGAGAAUAUCCUGAGGACCAAUGCCUUCCACACGCCCAUGGAUGGGGUGCCGCACAUUGCGCUGUAUCCGACGGUUUCGAGACUCAACCACGCCUGUAACCCAAAUUCAUACACCCGACCCAUGCCCGAAACGCUCCAAAUCAGCAUCCUCGCCGCAAGAGACAUUGCCGCCGGGGAGGAGAUCACCCACAGCUACCUCCCCCUCGGCCUCCCCCACCCCGAACGCACCCAAAAGCUGCACCGCCAAUGGGGCUUCACCUGCACCUGCGCCCUCUGCAGCGCCCCCGCCGCCUCAAUCGCCGCCUCGGACGCCCGCCGGCGCGAAAUCGUCCGCCUCCGCGACGAAGCCGUCAAGGCCUUCCAGGCGGGGCGGCCGUACGCGGCGCUGCGGCUGACGCGGCAGACGGCGGGGCUGCUGGAGGCGGCGGGGGAUGAGUUGCGGCCGUUGCUGGGGGAGCAGUAUGAGAAUAUGGCGAGGGUGUAUUUUGUGCUGGGGGAGAGGGGGGAGAUGGAGAGGUAUGGGAGGAUGGCGUUGGAGGUGGUGGAGGGGGUGGUGAGGGAGGGGGAGCUGGAGGGGAUGUGGAGGAGGUUUGAGGCGGAGGAGGGGGGGCGGUAUUAG